AUGAAACCAUGGAGACAAUCAAUGAAGUUCCGAAUCAUCUGGAAAAAGGUGUCCCUAAGACCAUUCCCCAAGUUGCCUGCAUCGAAGAAAUUGGUUAUUGGCUCCAAUUCCAUUACAGGAAAAGAUCUCCAUUGCCUCGGUGGUCAGAAUUGGCUGGAUGAUUCGAUCAUACAUGCUUAUCUUGGCCUCCUGCAGAGAGAGAGGACACUACUACAGAAAAAUGAAGACUUCAUUCUCCCUUGCUUUCUAAUGGAGAAAUGGACCAGGAGGGACUACCUUUCCUGGUUAUACCCAAAGGUGAAGUUUUCCUCCUAUGCCUUUAUCCUGACGCCCAUUUGCAGCAACCACCACUGGAUUCUCUUGGUCGCCAGUGUGUCAAAGAAAACAGUUUUGGUGUUGGAUCCCCUAGGACACCAACAUCCGGACAUCGAACACAAGUGGAGGAAGUACAUGUACACGAGGGAAAGAUACAUUCCGGAAGGGUUGGAAAAAUGGAGCAGUGACCAUCAAGCUGUAAGUCGUCAAAGAGAAGGCAACAGUUGUGGCGUCUUUGUUCUUAUGAUUAGUUAUAUAAAGCAUUAACUUAGAUUAUGCCUA